AUGUUUUUUUGCGAACCGAUCCCAUGGAGGAUACCUGUGCCCUUUGUUGGCCCCGCGCUGAGGACGAUGGCGGCUCUCAUAUUACUGGCCAACGUGAAUGCUCUCUACGACAAGAUGGAAAUUUUUGGCGUCAAAAUAUGCCUCCCCAUUUAUGUCACAAAUCUUUGCCUGAUUGGCGCAAUAUUUUUAGUCCUGUGUAUAUUCGCAGCCCUAAAGCAACACGACUUUGCCAUCAACCUUGACACUCUCUGGGCUACGAUUGCAGUCUCCAUUCUCUGGACCAUUACCGCUGGUUUCAAUAUAGGCAUCGUGAUUGUUGCUAUGGUGCAUUGCCACUCUCCUCGCUUCAAACACGACGCCGAGUUGAGAUACUGUCACUUCUUUGGCAAUGCACAUCUGGCUAGAGCUCAUGGAUGGGCGGGAAAGAGCUGGCCCUUGUACUACUGGGUCAGCGUGGUCUCGGCUCUGGUGAUGGCAUUCUGGCAGAUGCUCAACUGGAUAUUGUGGAUCAAACGCGUACGGCGGGUCAUUGUAUACGGAACGAGACCGCCACAUAUUCAUCUGAAUGAUUGGCCUUUGGUACCUCCUAGGUGAGAGACUGUGGAUGAAUAAGAAGCAGGGCAGAGCGGGCAAAGCGAUCCAUGGUUAUGAGGCGUGAUUAUGGACGAUACCUAGGUAGGUAUGUAAAAGAAUUGCCUAGAUGGCGCAUUUUGGAUAGAGGAGUAAUGGUAAGGGCUAUUUGUGAUAGCGACAGCCACAAUGAUAUAGAUGCCUGCACUUCUCAUGAGCAGUAUGUAAAGCUCUUGUCGAUCCCUUUGGGCGUGCUCUUGUGUGCUCUCCAAUGAUACCUCCCUUAUUGAGCUUGAUGCUGUACAUGGGUACCUAACCUAUAGAGUUAGGCUCCGCAUGUGGCCAAAGGUUGAU